AUUUGGUGACCUUUUUCUAAGUUGUUCCGUCCGGUUCGUCCGACCUCCAUCUCAGUAUUUCUUCGUCCUUAACUCUCUCUCUGUCUCUAGCUUUCAAUGUGUUUGAAUUUGGGAUCAGAAUACUACUUUCUCUCUCAAGAACAAUCGGCGAACACAAGAAUUGGGGAUUUCUAGAACUUGAUUUGAAGGGGGAGAGAGAGAGAGAGAGUGAUCAAUUUCAAUUCGAAAGUUGGAAAGUCUCUGCAGAUCUUCCAAUGGCGGUCGACACGAACUUCGCCUCACUGUUCGAGAAGCUGAAGCUGGAAGAUCCAUGGCUUCCGCCUAGACCUUGGGAAUCGAUUCCUUCCGAGAGUGGUUUCUCUCACUCCAACAAUUCAACCUCUCAGUCUUCUCUCUCUACACCUCUUUACGACACUCCCAUUGUCUCUGAGGCAAGUUUGGUGAGAUUGGCAAUGAAUGCACUGCAAGGUAUAGAAUCAGCUCUCAUAACCAUUGAAAAUCUCUGUGCAGCAUUCUGUUCUGAUCCAGCUGACAGAACAUUCCAUCGAAUUCCCAGUUUAUGGAAACGGUCGUCAAGCACUCUUGCUUUGGGAAAGAUACUCAAAUCCAUAGGCCGCUCGGGUUGUGUAGUCUUUAUUCUCCAUAAAUUUGUGGAUCAUUUUAAAAAUUUUAAUUUUGAUGAAAGUUUGAGUUGCAGUAAACUUAUGAAUUCAGAAGCAGAGGAAAAUCAUAAUGAUCGCAAGGGUGAAGGGGGAGAACACCACCCAUACAGUCUUGUUAAUCAGGCAUUUUCUGUUGCUGUGCAGAAGGUUUUAGAAGGUUACAUAUGCACACUGGAUACACUUUUUGCAUCAGUGGGUUUAAGACGUUCAUCAAAGACUGUUGAAGUUACCCUAUUGGAGGUUUACCUCCACACAAAGGAAUUGAGAAGUCAGAUUGAAGCUAUUGGAAAUAUCUGCAAUAUUCAUAAUAUAGCUCUUUGCUUUUCAGUAUCCUCUUUUGAGGGUUUAAUUGCCAAAGCAAAUUUAGAGUUUCAUAAGUUCCCAAGAGGUGGAGAUCUGCUCACUUAUUUGUAUACACAACUACGGGUUGCUGAUCCUGCCCACACUGCUCUCCUCAAGUUUCUCUUUCUCUGUUCAUGCGAACCAUAUUGUGAAUUUAUUAGAUCAUGGAUUUACAAAGCCAAGAUUAGUGAUCCUUAUAAAGAAUUUGUAAUGGAAUAUGUCGAAAAUACACCUUAUCCACCUGGUAAAGCUGGAAGCUUUAGUGACAUCCGAUUAGCUACUAUUAGGGAGCGAGAUGGAGUUGCUGUUCCUUGUUUUCUGAAAGAUUUCUCAAUUCCUCUUGUAAGAGCUGGUCAGCAGCUUCAAGUACUAAUGAAGUUGCUUGAAUUAUGUAGUCAUAUUGGCACCGUAAAUCAUACUUAUGAGGAUAUCCUUCCCUGCUGGAGUGGUUUCUCAAGUGAUCAUCCAUAUUAUGCAUCUCCAUUGACUUUUAAUCAAGGAAGCAUAGAAGCUAUGGUACUUGCAAGGAACGAUUAUUACAAAAGGAUGCUGGAAAAACUUGACACCAUUUUAACAAAGUUAGAAAUCAGAUAUCAACAGGUAGUUGCAGAUGACAGUGUACCAGUCUUUGUAAAUAACAAUGGAGGGAAUCUGAACAACCCAAUUUCAUUUAUGAAGGAUGGCAGUUUCAUUUUUCCUUCAACAGAUAAAACAGAUUUGGAUGUGGCUUUUAACACUAUGGAGUCUGAGGCUUCUAGCACGACAGAUGAGUUCUCUUAUGUGGAGGAUCAGUUGGAAUCAUCAGAAUGUUCAUCUUUAAAUGGCUCUGAAGAGAAAAAUGAGUCUGUGCAGUUGAUUCAGCUUCCUAAUAGUUUGGUUGUAUUUGAACAAAAUUAUUUAUCUGCUUUAAACUUAUUGUCAAGAACUUCCAUUCAUAAUUUAUCACAAAAACCUUCCGAAAGUGACACGUCAAACCACAUUGAAGCUGAUUCAUGUGAAAUUUAUGAAAGAACAGAUCUAGAUGACCAUUCUGUACAUCCUUGUCGUAGAGAAACAAAUUUGAGUGAGAAUCCUGUGUGUCUGGAUUCCGGGAAGCCAAACUGGUCAUGGUUAUCUGAAACUCAAUACACAGAGAGUCAGUUUGAUACAGGCUUGCUGUUUAGUGGCCUUGUGAAAAAUCCUUUUUUUGUUGACAGAAGGCCUAGACAUGACACAAGGUCCCAUCCUUCUGAGCAUGGGUUAAAGGCUAGUACUAGAAACACAGGAGUCUUGAAGGAGGGUGCACCAUAUUUGAGCAAUAUGAUUCUCACUGAAAACUCUUUAGCAGAGGAAACCAAUGAUAACGGUCAACUUCCAAAUAGAACUUGUGCUUCAUCCAGUUCAUUUACUUUGCAACCAUUGAAGCUCAAUUACCAUUCCAAUCUUCUCAGUAUGAACCCAUUAUUGUCAAAAAAUGAGCUGAUGAGUAGGCGUGGAGAGAGAUGGUGCAGAGACCGUACAGAACCUUUUCCUUGCUUUGAUUUUUCGUCUGUAAAAGACCCAUAUAAGGUAUAUGUGGAAAACUUAGUUCCCAGUCCCAGAUGUCAAUUUGAAGCUGACCCUAUGAUUUUCAAGAACUCCAAUGCUUCUGCUGCAACUUGUAAGAGCAAUCACCACAAUAAAGAAGGCUAUGAUGGUCAUGAGAUCUUGAUCGAUAAGACUGAGUUUGCUCAUGUUAAUUUGACUUUGGAAUCAAAGAAUGACAAGAAAGAAGAUGUGAUUCUAGAAAAUGUUUCUGGUGGAAGUGGUUGGCAGAGUAUGCUCAGUUGUUCAGAUAAUGCCCACAAUUUUAGUUCCAGAGAUCACAGGAACAGUUUGGCUGCUCUAUUUGAGAUGCCACUUGAUUUUGUUAUUGAGAAAUGCCUCUUGCAAGAAAUAUUGCUUCAAUAUCGGUAUGUAAGUAAGUUGACUAUUAAAUUACUCGAAGAAGGAUUUGAUUUGCAAGAACAUUUGCUGGCAUUGCGUCGAUACCAUUUUAUGGAGUUAGCAGACUGGGCAGAUUUGUUUAUAAUGUCUCUUUGGCAUCAUAAAUGGUAUGUAACAGAGGCAGAACGGAAAGUAUCAGAAAUUCAGGGGUUACUUGAGAUGUCAGUUCAGAGGUCUUCAUGUGAAAGAGACCAUUAUAAGGAUCGGUUAUUUGUGUACAUGAAGGGUAACGGGAAUGGCAUGAUGCCUUUAUCGACAUCAACAAUAGGAGUCGAUUCGUUUGAUUUUUUAGGGUUGGGUUACAGAGUAGAUUGGCCUGUCAGUAUUGUUUUGACCCCAGGCGCAUUGAAAAUAUAUGCUCAGAUAUUCAGUUUUCUAAUUCGAGUCAAGCUGGCUGUUUUCUCGUUAACUGACGUAUGGUGCUCAUUGAAGGAUCUACUGCAUUUUGUCAAUGAGAAUCGUCAUUCUGAAGUACACGAACCAGAAAUGCGACAUUUCAACAUCUUAAUGAGAGUGAGGCACCAGGUUAAUCAUUUUGUAUCUACAUUGCAGCAGUAUGUUCAAUCACAGUUAUCCCAUGUAUCCUGGUGCAGGUUUCUUGACUGCCUUAAGCAUAAGGUGAAAGAUAUGAUGGAUCUCAAGUCUGUGCACAUGGCAUAUCUAACUGAUUCCCUGCACAUAUGUUUCUUGUCUGAUGAGCUGCAGUCCAUAGCCAGCAUUAUCGAAAACAUUUUGCAGUGUGCACUAGAGUUCAGGGCUUGUCUGAUAGGAUCCAUGUAUGAUGCUGGACUUGAUGGAAAUUUUUCAGAUAAACUCUCUCGGAUCAACAUUUCCCAGGUGCUUGCCAUAAAGCGAACGUUUGAUAAAAAUCUCAAAGAGCUGCAUUUGUGUUAUCUCAAGACACCAAAACACAGGGAGUUUGCUCUUUCGCAUUUCUGGAGUUAUCUCAAUUUUAAUGAGUACUACUCAGAUGUUAGUAACGAAACAAGUCACUACGCUUUUUCAGUCUAAUGUUGUGUUCCACUCUGGUGAUGAUGAGCAGUUAAAUGGGGUCAAAACUCCAUUGAUGAAUCUCACACUAUCUUCAAUUUAGAGUCUCAAAUUAUGAUUUGAUCUCAACUGUUGCAUCUAAAUCACUUCACAUCAAAACAUUCACAAUUCACACUCUAUUCGCUUGAUCACUAUGCCCCUUUUGAGUAAUGAAGCUAUUGAUAAAUGGAGAUUGGAGCGUGGGACUUUAUGGAGGCUAUUGGGUCUAUGGUGUGUAAUGAUGUCAAGGGUGUUUGGAGCAAUGAUCAAGCAUGUUGAAGUUUGUGGUGGGCUAAAUUCUACGUGUACUUGGGUUAGAGGUUGUAAUUGUUAUUAUUUGAGCCUUGUAACCAUACGACUAAAUAGAAAUUUGUUUUUGGGUGUUCGGAUUGUGAAUCUUGCCCUAUAUAAGUGGCCUUCUAUAGGAUUUUCAUGUCAAAUGUGUCUCAUAGUUUAGAAAGCUCUUUUCUUUUCUUUUCUUUUUUAUUGAGAUUUCUGGAAUUGAUUGUUUAAUCUCCUAAUUGAUUGAUGGAUAAAUUGAUUUGUGAUUGGUUA